CAACAAGUAGCUAACACUUGCUUUUCUCUUAAAGAGCAAAAAAAUCCCCAGUUUUUCUUCAAUUUCUAGGGUUUUUAUUCUUCCUCCUCUUAUUCGAAUUAUCUCAAAUCAAUGGAAUCACACAAAGAAAAUGAGAUCAACGGCCCCCAUUCCAUGGGGACAACCAUCAUAGGCGUCACCUACAACGGCGGUGUCGUCCUCGGUGCCGAUUCUCGCACCAGCACCGGAGUUUAUGUUGCAAAUCGAGCAUCAGAUAAAAUCACUCAGCUUACUGAUAAUGUCUACUUAUGCCGCUCUGGAUCUGCUGCUGAUUCUCAAACUGUGUCUGAUUAUGUGAGAUAUUUUCUGCAUCAACACACAAUACAAUUGGGGCAGCCGGCGACAGUUAAGGUUGCUGCUAAUCUUGUUAGGAUGUUGUCUUACAAUAACAAGAAUUUCUUGCAAACUGGAAUGAUUGUUGGGGGUUGGGAUAAGUACGAAGGAGGUAAAAUUUAUGGAGUACCUCUUGGAGGGACACUUUUGGAGCUGCCUUUUACAAUUGGAGGAUCAGGAUCUUCUUACUUGUAUGGUUUCUUUGAUCAAGCAUGGAAGGAUGGGAUGACUCAAGAAGAAGCUGAGCAAUUAGUGGUGAAAGCAGUUUCUCUUGCUAUUGCUCGUGAUGGUGCGAGUGGUGGUGUUGUUCGGACUGUCACUAUCAACUCAGAAGGCGUGUCAAGAAAGUACUACCCUGAGGACAAGCUCCCACGAUGGCACGAGGAGCUGGAACCACAGAAUUCCCUGUUGGACAUUUUGUCAUCAUCUAGUCCUGAGCCAAUGGUCACUUAAGAGAAUGCUGCAUGAUGUUCGGCAUCGAAUGUCUUGAGAAAAUGAUGCCAGACACGUGUUCUCUUAAGAAAAUGCCUCGUGAUGUCAUGUACUGAGUGCUGUGAGCGAUGUUUUUCUUGUGCAUUGUCAUGCUAAGAAAAGUACUUUCGCCGAUGUAAUGACUAUUUUUCUGAUUUCUCGUAUCUUUGUGUUGAUGAAUCUACCAUUUGCUUUAAUCAAGGAUGACCGUUUCAUAAGAA